GACUGGUUUUGCACCCUUGUUCACCUCACCCCACAAAAUCCCAAGGCUCAGUGUAAUCCAUGACUGUUUCUAUCAGUCAUCAUCGGUGUCAACACCGUCUAGGCUUUGGUAAUCUGCAAUUGGGCGUUGUUCGGGGAUGUCCACUCUGCAAGUGCGCUAGCAACAGUGGUGACCAGCCUGAGCAGUACCAUUUAUAUGACCUUCUUACAAACCUCUCUGUGGAUCCCGGUCGGCAUUGCCGCUGGCGUUAUUGUAUUGUUAGAACUCAUGCAAAUGUGGGCAAUACAACAGAGGGCCUAUGUAUCUUUUUGCUUCCACCACCACAGACACUACCAGAGCUACUCAAGCGACUUAGGCAAGGAACUUUCAUGCUCUGUGUUCUGCGUGUGUGUGUUUGUUUUCUCUUUUCAUGUUCUUUUGGUUAAGUCUUGGUACUGUAAAGAUUGAGGGAACGAGGCUUACACUUAGUACUUUCAAGAUUAAGAUCAUGCAGUU